GGUUUCUCCCUUGUAUCUUUCAUACCUUUCACUAUCCAAACCUUAAUUACAAUACUGUAGAAUUCACGGUUACCCUUAUUUUUGUACUGUUUAAACUUCCAUUUACUGGAUCUACGAUAUUAUGGCUUUCAGAUAUUUCUCAUGGUCUAACUGAACUUUGUUGCCUUUUCAUUCAUCAAUAGGUCAGCAAGUCACAAGAGUCCAAUUUUGAAUUGUGGAGCAAAUCACCAUUGAAUUCUUCACAUACUCUACUGGUGUGUUUUGAUUUUUAUUGGAGGUGAUCUCUGGUUCAGCUUCCUUGGCCUUUUCUUGGGUUUCUUUGUCUCUCUUCUUGCUAGCUCUAUACCUUGACACUUCUUGCUAAACCCCCAAAUUUGACAGUUUAAGUCAGCUAUCAAUCUAGGUAGUAGUGAUAUCUGCUACUGAAAUAAUUUUUAUCUGUUUUUCAAUUCAGAAUUUAAUGUUUUGAGAUGGGUUAUAAACUAGCCUAAAGUUUAGAGAAGGUUGGUGGCUGUUCUUUGUUAUUUUCUUGUGGGUUGUGUUCUGGGUAGGAGGUUCAAACUAGGCUAGAUGACUGUGGAUGAAGUGGGCAGUAGCUCCGAAUGGACAAGAGAGCAGGAUAAGGCAUUUGAAAAUGCUCUGGCAACUUAUCCUGAAGAUGCUUCCGAUCGAUGGGAGAAAAUUGUAGCUGAUAUACCUGGGAAAACUCUGGAAGAGAUUAAGCAUCACUAUGAGCUUUUAGUGGAUGAUGUUAACCGCAUUGAAUCAGGUUGUAUUCCUCUGCCUAGCUAUAAAUCAUCUUCUGAUGGAUCUACAGGCCAUGGUGGUGAUGAAGGAACUGGAAAGAAAGGUGGCCACUAUGGGCAUUAUAACAGUGAGUCCAACCAUGGAAGUAAGUCUUCACGGUCAGAUCAGGAACGCCGUAAAGGGAUUGCUUGGACAGAGGAUGAGCACAGGUUAUUUCUUCUUGGUUUGGACAAAUACGGUAAAGGUGACUGGCGCAGUAUAUCUCGCAACUUUGUGGUUACAAGAACACCAACACAGGUGGCAAGCCAUGCACAAAAAUACUUCAUCCGAUUGAACUCGAUGAACAAAGAUAGGAGGCGAUCAAGCAUUCAUGAUAUCACCAGCGUUGGCAAUGGAGACAUUACAGCAGCCCAAGGACCAAUCACAGGUCAAACCAAUGGUUUGGCUUCAGGGGCUUCUUCUGGCAAAUCAGCUAAACAGCAACCCCAACAUCCAGCUGGGCCGCCAGCUGUUGGCAUGUAUGCUACUCCUACUAUAGGUCAGCCUAUAGGAGGACCCCUUGUCUCAGCCGUUGGCACCCCAGUGAAUCUUCCUGCUCCAGCACACAUGGCAUACCGCAGUAGAGCUCCAGGACCUGGAGCAGUGGUUCCUGGUGCACCAAUGAACGCUGGUGCUAUGCCAUACCCGAUGCCGCACACAUCUGCUCAUAGGUGAUGUGAAUUAGCUGUAAAAUGUACAAAAGAGAAGACUACUUUGCUUGUGCUAAUGUUUAGUUAGAAGGUUCUCCAUCCAAAUUAGCCUGAAUAAGGUUGCUUAUUUGCAAGCACAAUGUGUCUGAUGCUCAACUGUCAUUUGUUAAAAUUUUCAAUAAGCCAUAGGGGGAGAAAAUACAUGCAAUCUGUAUAGGCAACUAUAAAAAACGGGGGUGCAUUAUUAAUAGGAAUAGUGAUGUAGUAUUUUUUUUUUCUCUUGAAACUUUAAAAUUAUUGGUUGUACUAGUUAGUUCUGUUUAGUUAUAUUUUUUUGGCAGAAGUUGUAAAGAGCCUGUCUGUCAUAAAUCUAUUUGCAUUACUGUUUUUGAA